AUGGCCCGCGCCCGGCCCUCGGUGGCGGGCGGCGGUGGCGCGGCGCCCCCUGAGCGCGCGGGGCCCGGGCGGCCGCGGAAGAACCGGACCGGUCACUGCUGCGACCCCGAGCGCCCCGGGCUGCGAGCGGCGCCCCAGACCCCCGAGCCGGGCGCGGGCCGGCGGGCGGCAAAGUUGAGGCCGGGCCGCGGGUGGUGGGCGCUGCUGUUGCUCCAGCUGCACUUGCUGCGGGCGCUGGCGCAAGAUGAUGUUGCACCAUAUUUCAAAACGGAGCCGGGCCUGCCUCAGAUCCACCUGGAAGGGAACCGCCUUGUGCUCACCUGCCUGGCUGAAGGGAGCUGGCCUCUGGAGUUCAAGUGGAUCCGGAACGGCAGUGAGCUCACCACCUACACCAGCGAAUAUAAGUAUAUCAUCCCCUCUUUGCGGAAGCAGGACGCCGGGUUUUACCGCUGCGUGGUGCGGAACAGGAUGGGAGCUCUCUUGCAGAGAAAAUCGGAAGUUCAGGUGGCAUAUAUGGGGAAUUUCAUGGAUACAGACCAGAAGAAAACAGUUUCUCAAGGACACGCCGCUCUUCUCAACCUUGUGCCCAUCAUCAGCUGCCCCAGACCGCAAGUGACUUGGUUUAGAGAUGGGCACAAGAUCAUCCCAAGCAACAGGAUAGCCAUCACGUUGGAGAAUCAGCUGGUGAUCCUUGCUACCACAGCAAGUGAUGCGGGGGCUUACUACGUGCAGGCCGUGAAUGAGAGGAACGGAGAGAACAAGACGAGCCCGUUCGUCCACCUGAGUAUAGCACGAGAUACUGGCCCCCGCGAAGCCAUGGCCCCCAUGAUCGUGGUUGCCCCAGGCAACAGAAGUGUGGUGGCAGGGUCCAGUGAGACUACCUUGGAGUGCAUAGCCAAUGCCAGGCCCGUGGAGGAGCUGAGUGUGCAGUGGAAGAGAAACGGGGUUCGACUCACAAGUGGACUGCACAGCUACGGGAGGCGGCUCACCAUCAUCAACCCGACCUCGGCAGACACCGGGAUGUACGUGUGCGAGGCGACGCUCCGGGGCAGCGCGUUUGAGCCAGCCAGGGCCAAAGCUUUCCUUUCCAUCAUAGAGCCGCCAUAUUUCACCGCUGAGCCCGAGAGUCGGAUGCUAGGGGAAGUGGAAGAGACUGUGGACAUCCCAUGUCGAGCCAUGGGCGUUCCUCUUCCCACCCUCCAGUGGUACAAAGACGCCGUCCCCCUCAGCAAGGUCCAGAACCCGAGGUACCGAGUGCUCCCCAGCGGAGGCCUGCACAUUCAGAAGCUGAGCCCAGAAGACUCUGGAAUCUUCCAGUGCUUUGCCAAUAACGAGGGAGGGGAGAUCCAGACCCACACCUACCUGGAUGUGACCAAUAUUGCUCCUGCCUUUACCCAGCCUCCGGUGGACACCACGGUUACUGACGGGAUGACGGCUGUCCUGAGAUGUGAGGUGUCUGGGGCUCCCAAGCCCGCCAUCACGUGGAAGAGAGGGAACCACAUCCUGGCCAGUGGCUCUGUCCGGAUUCCCAGGUUCGUUCUGCUGGAAUCUGGGGGGCUGAGGAUAGCCCCUGUCUUCAUCCAGGAUGCUGGCAACUACACCUGCUACGCAGCCAACACCGAGGCCUCUGUGAACGCAUCUGCCAUGCUCACCGUGUGGAAUCGAACGUCCAUCGUUCACCCUCCAGAGGACCGCGUGGUGAUUAAGGGGACGACGGCCACCCUGUGCUGCGGAGCCACCCACGACCCUCGGACCUCUCUCCGCUACGUUUGGAAAAAGGACAACGUGGUCAUCACACCAUCGAGCAGCUCCAGAAUCGUGGUGGGGAAGGACGGGUCCCUUGUCAUCAGCCAGACAUGGUCAGGGGACAUCGGCGACUACACCUGUGAGAUUGUAUCCGAGGGGGGGAACGACUCCCGGACGGCACGGCUGGAAGUCAUUGAGCUGCCUCACCCACCCCAAAACCUCCUGGCCAGCUUGAGUCCUGCGCGCAGCCACUCGGUGACACUGUCCUGGGUCCGGCCGUUUGACGGAAACAGCCCAGUCCUUUACUACACUGUGCAGCUGUCUGAGAACAACUCCCCAUGGAAAGUGCAUCUGUCAAAUGUUGGCCCAGAGAUGACGAGCAUCACUGUGAGUGGCUUGACUCCAGCCCGAACCUAUCAGUUCAGAGUGUGUGCCGUGAAUCAGGUGGGCAAAGGCCAGUACAGCACAGAGACCAGCAGGUUGAUGUUACCAGAAGAACCACCGAGUGCUCCCCCAAAAAACAUUGUGGCCAGCGGGAGAACUAACCAGUCCAUCAUGGUGCAAUGGCAGCCACCACCUGAAACAGAACACAACGGGGUGCUUCGGGGAUACGUCCUCAGGUACCGCCUGGCCGGCCUGCCUGGGGAACACCAGCAGAAGAAUAUCAGCAGCCCAGAGGUGAACUACUGCCUGGUCACGGACCUCAUCAUCUGGACCCAGUACGAGAUCCAGGUGGCUGCCUACAACGGGGCAGGCCUGGGUGUCUUCAGCAGGGCUGUGACCGAGUACACUUUGCAAGGAGUGCCUACUGCACCCCCACAGAAUGUGCAGGCAGAGGCUGUGAAUUCCACCACCGUGCACUUCCUGUGGAACCCACCACCCCAGCAGUUCAUCAACGGCAUCAACCAGGGAUACAAGCUUCUAGCAUGGCCAGCAGAUGCUCCCGAGACUGUCACUGUGGUCACUAUUGCUCCCGACUUCCACGGAAUCCACCACGGCUACAUAACAAACUUGAAGAAGUUCACAGCCUACUUCACAUCCGUCCUGUGCUUCACCACCCCGGGGGAUGGGCCUCCGAGCACACCUCAGCUUGUGUGGACCCACGAAGACAAACCGGGAGCUGUAGGGCACCUGAGCUUCACGGAGAUUUUGGACACGUCUCUCAAGGUCAGCUGGCAGGAGCCCCUGGAGAGAAAUGGCGUCAUUAUGGGCUAUCAGAUUUCCUGGGAGGUGUACGGGAAGAAUGCCUCUCGGCUCACACGCACUCUCAACAGCACGACCCACGAGUACAAGAUCCAGGGACUGUCCUCUCUCACCACCUACACCAUCGAUGUGGCUGCCGUGACGGCCGCAGGCGUGGGCCUGACCACAUCAUCCACCAUCUCUUCGGGUGUACCCCCAGACCUUCCUGGUGCUCCAUCCAACCUGGUCAUCUCCAACAUCAGCCCGCGUUCAGCCACACUCCAGUUCCGGCCAGGCUAUGAUGGGAAGACGGCCAUCUGCAGGUGGAUUGUGGAGGGGCAGGUCGGCGCCAUCGGGGAUGAGGAGGAGUGGGUCACCCUCUAUGAGGAGGAGAAGGAGCCUGAUGCCCAGAUGCUGGAGAUCCCAAACCUCACGCCCUACACACACUACAGGUUUCGAAUGAGGCAGGUGAACAUCGUGGGUCCCAGCCCCUUCAGCCAGUCAUCCAGGGUCAUCCAGACCUUGCAGGCCCCACCUGAUGUGGCUCCAACCAGCAUCACUGUCCGAACGGCCAGCGAGACCAGCCUGCGGCUACGCUGGGUGCCCCUGCCCGAUUCCCAGUACAAUGGGAACCCCGAGUCUGUGGGCUACAGGGUGAAGUACUGGCGUUCAGACCAACCAUCCUCAGCGCUUGCCCAGGUCGUCAGUGACCGGCUGGAGAGGGAGCUGACCAUCGAGGAGCUGGAGGAGUGGACAGAGUAUGAAUUGCGGAUGCAGGCCUUCAACGCCAUCGGGGCUGGGCCCUGGAGUGAGCUGGUGCGGGGCCGCACACGGGAGUCAGUCCCUUCAGCUGCUCCAGAAAAUGUGUCUGCAGAGGCUGUCAGCUCCACCCAGAUCCUACUGACAUGGGCUUCAGUCCCUGAGCAGGACCAGAACGGGCUCAUCCUGGGCUACAAGAUUCUAUACCGUGCCAAAGACCUGGACCCAGAGCCCAGGAGCCAUGUGCUGCGAGGGAACCACACACAGUCCGCUCUCCUGGCUGGCCUGCGCAAGUUCGUGGUGUAUGAGCUCCAGGUGUUGGCCUUCACACGCAUCGGGAAUGGCGUCCCCAGCUUGCCCCUCAUCCUGGAGCGGACCAAAGAUGACACCCCAGGUCCCCCCGUGCGGCUGGUGUUCCCUGAAGUGAGACUUACUGCCGUGCGGAUUGUGUGGCAGCCCCCGGAGGAGCCCAAUGGUGUGAUUCUGGGGUACCAGAUUGCCUACCGCCUGGCCAGCGGCAGUCCCCACACCUUCACCACUGUCGAGGUGGGUGCCACAGUGCGGCAGUUCACAGCCACCGAGCUGGCCCCGGAGUCUGCAUACAUCUUCAGGCUGUCUGCUAAGACGAGACAGGGCUGGGGCGAGCCGCUGGAGGCCACAGUAAUCACCACUGAGAAGAGAGAGAGGCCAGCACCCCCCAGAGAGCUCCUGGUACCCCAGGCAGAGGUGACAGCGCGUAGCCUACGGCUCCAGUGGGUCCCUGGCAGUGACGGGGCCUCCCCGAUCCGGUACUUCACCGUGCAGGUCCGAGAGCUGCCUGGUGGAGAGUGGCAGACCUACUCCUCCUCCAUCAGCCACGAGGCCACAGCCUGUGCCGUGGAAAGGCUGAGGCCUUUCACCUCCUACAAGCUACGCCUGAAGGCCACCAAUGACAUUGGGGACAGUGACUUCAGUGCAGAAACAGAGGCUGUGACCACACUGCAAGAUGUUCCAGGAGAGCCACCAGGGUCUGUCUCAGCCACGCCGCACACCACGUCCUCGGUGCUGAUCCAGUGGCAGCCUCCCCGGGAUGAGAGCCUGAACGGCCUUCUGCAAGGCUACAGGAUCUACUACCGUGAGCUGGAGUCUGAGACAGGCCCGAGCCCCGAGGCCAAGACACUCAAGAGCCCCUCUGCCUUACGUGCUGAUCUCACAGCCCAAAGCAGCUUCAAGACCGUGAACAGCAGCUCCACGUUAACCACCUACGAGUUAACAGAUCUGAAGAAGUACAGGCGCUACGAAGUCAUCAUGACGGCUUAUAACAUCAUCGGCGAGAGCCCAGCCAGUGUGCCCGUGGAGGUCUUCGUCGGUGAGGCUGCUCCAGCGAUGGCCCCACAGAACGUCCAGGUGAUCCCACUCACGGCCAGCCAGCUGGAAAUCACAUGGGACCCACCACCCCCAGAGAGUCAGAACGGGAACAUCCAGGGCUACAAGAUUUACUACUGGGAGGCAGACAGCCGCAACGAGACGGAGAAAAUGAAGGUCCUCUUCCUCCCCGAGCCUGUGGUGAAGAUCAAGAACCUCACCAGCCACACCAAGUACCUGGUUAGCAUCUCAGCCUUCAAUGCUGCGGGCGAUGGCCCCAAGAGUGAGCCCCGGCAGGGACGCACACAUCAAGCCGCUCCCGGACCCCCCAGCUUCUUGGCAUUCUCAGAAAUAACCUCCACCACGCUCAACGUGUCCUGGGGGGAGCCAUCAGCUGCCAACGGCGUCCUCCAGGGCUAUCGAGUGGUGUAUGAGCCUUUAGCACCUGUGCAAGGAGUGAGCAAGGUGGUGACCGUGGAUGUAAAAGGGAACUGGCAGCGCUGGCUGAAGGUGCGGGACCUCACCAAGGGAGUGACCUAUUUCUUCCGGGUCCAGGCGCGGACCAUCGCCUAUGGGCCGGAGCUCCAAGCCAACGUCACUGCAGGACCAGCGGAGGGGUCCCCAGGCUCUCCAAGAAACAUCCUUGUCACCAAAUCUGCCUCCGAGCUGACCCUGCAGUGGACUGAGGGAAACCCCGGGAACACUCCCACUACAGGCUACGUCAUUGAAGCCAGGCCGUCAGAUGAAGGCUUGUGGGACAUGUUUGCAAAGGACAUUCCCCGGAGCGCCACAUCAUACACCGUGGGCCUGGACAAGCUGCGGCAAGGGGUGACCUACGAGUUUCGGGUGGUAGCUGUGAACAAGGCGGGCUUUGGGGAGCCCAGCCGCCCUUCCAUGGCAGUGUCAGCACAAGCUGAGGCCCCGUUCUAUGAGGAGUGGUGGUUCCUAUUGGUGAUGGCGCUCUCCAGCCUCCUCCUCGUCCUCCUGGUGGUCUUCGCACUGGUCCUGCAUGGGCAAAGCAAGAAGUAUAAGAACUGCGGCACAGGUAAGGGCAUCUCCAACAUGGAAGAGUCAGUGACCCUGGAUAACGGAGGGUUUGCCGCCUUGGAGCUCAACAGCCGCCACCUCAAUGUCAAGGGCACCUUCUCAAAAAAGAACGGAACCAGAUCCCCACCCCGACCAAGCCCCGGAGGUCUACACUACUCCGAUGAGGACAUUUGCAACAAGUACAACGGCGCCGUGCUGACCGAGAGCGUGAACCUCAAGGAGAAGUCGGUGGAUGGGUCGGAGUCUGAGGCCUCCGACUCAGACUACGAGGAAGCCCUGCCCAAGCACUCCUUCGUCAAUCACUACAUGAGCGACCCCACCUACUUUAACUCUUGGAAGAGGCGUCCCCCUGCCGCGGCACCACACAGAUACGAGGCGGUGGCAGGGGCCGAAUCCGGCCCGCAUCUGCAUACGGUCAUCACCACACAGAGUGCGGGUGGAGUCUACACACCAGCUGGCCCCGGAGCCCGGGCCCCCCUCACUGGCUUCUCCUCCUUCGUGUGACGUCACGCCUCCAUCAGGGUAGACGGGUGCAGAACUUCUGGAGUCUAUUUUUGUUAAGACAAUCAACUCCGAUAACUGAGCUGAAUUUUUUUGUUUAAAAAUAAUAAUAAUAAUAAUUCUGAUAAGCGAUCUUACCUACUGGUGAAAACUAGGAUUCACUUAGGAAGGUUUUUUUUUUAAUGGCUUUUUGUAACAUCGCUGCAGGAAGCGGGUUUCUUUGUGUUCUUUUCUUUUUAAGAGAAGGUAUCUCCCUGGUGCAAUAGCUCGGCACCGCCGGCGGGGGCGCUCUCGACACACCCCAGCCCUGGGCUUCUCUGGCCUCCAAACCAUCUGGGAAGGGGAG